AUUUUGUUCAAGUGUUGGUUUUUACGAUUUUCUUUCUCUUUUCUAAAACAUAGGGAGAGAGAGAGAGAGAAAAAGAUGCAUUCUUUUUUGUUAGAAGAACUAUGAAAAGGUUGGGAGGAACCUUCACUUCCACUAUCAAAUCCAUUAGCUUCCUCAGGAAGUAGAUCGUAGACUUUGCAGAGACUCCAAUUCAUAGUCAAUGGAAAACCCAAAUUUAAAUUUCCCUUCUUUUCGCCAUUUCUCUUCACUCCCUCACUCACUUCUUCUUCUCCACCACAAAGCUUAUUAUCGUGAAAUUCAUGGCCAAUUGCCUCCUCCUUCCUCCUCACAAUCUAUUCCCAGUUGGAUUCCGUUUCCAUCCUACAGAUGAGGAGCUGUUUAAUCACUAUCUCAAGAACAAGAUUGUUGGUCAAGAAUCCCUCGUUCAGUACAUUCGUCAAGUUGAUAUCUGCAACUUUGAGCCAUGGGAACUCCCUAGUCUCUCAAAUGAUCAAACAGGGGAUCACCAGUGGUUUUUCUUUUCUGCUCAAGAUUUCAAGUAUUCCAAUGGACGUCGAUCCAAUAGGGCCACGAAAACUGGGUAUUGGAAAUCCACUGGCAAGGACCGUAAAAUCAUGGCUCGAGGAACCAAAAUCUUGAUUGGUACUAAGAAAACUCUAGUUUUUUACAGUGGCAGGGUUCCUAGUGGGAUCAAGACCAAUUGGGUUAUACAUGAGUAUCAUCUUCAUCCAGACCCCAACCUCGCUGAACUGAAGUCGUUUGUGAUUUGUGUCCUAAAGAGAAAGUUCGAGGAGAGUGAUGUUUUGAUGUUUGAAGAAGCUGAACCAAAUGGUCUUUUGACUUCGACGAAUGUAGCCACAGGGAACCAAAAUCGAGAGACUCCAGGAAAUGGACAUUCAUUGUUUCAAUCAGAUCUCCAGGUUUCGGAUUACGGUGUUUCCGAAUUGGAGUCCCUUUUGUUUUCAGACCCUGAACCCACUUCAAUGGAUUUCCAAGUUAUCAAUAGCUAUGGCACUCACAUAAAUGGACAUACCGAUGAGGAUGUUAACCCAGUUCUUGUUGAUGAUGAAAAUUGUUUUGAUGAAGGGACACCAAAUAGUUCGACCAGUAAUUUCAACUGGGAGGAGAUGCUUGACUUGAUUAAUGAUGAUCAGGGUGGUGGAUUCAGCGGUAACACUGGCAUAGAUACAGCUUUAAGCUGGAAGUAUGACCAUGCUUCUCCCAGCUUUUUUGGUGAGAGUGCCUGCUCAAGGAUACAAACUAAAAGUAUACCGAUGAUUAAAGAAUCUCGUAGAAGCCCACUCACUUCGAAGAUCCUCAGGUUGGACCACAGUGAUGACUCUGACCGGGGAACAAGAAACUUCAGCUCUCAACAUCAACCUAAAUCCCAUAAGGCUCUAGACCACGUAGAUACUCCACAAAAUGUCCAGUCAAAGAGGGAAACUCAUAUCCAAGUAGUGUCAUCCCUUAGCAAGGCCGAAGCAGUUCCAAAACGAAUUAAAAUUGUCAGACCUGCUGCAACUUCAAAUAAAGACAUUGUUGUAGACCAACAAAGUGAAGUUGAGAAUAGGCGGUUAAAGUCAACUGGCCAUGGGUCUCUUAAGAGUGGAGGAAGGUGUUCAUCAAGUAUCUUGACUACAAAAUGCAUUGACCACAAAUUAAGUCCAGCCUCUUAUUUUGCCAGAGCAUGUUUAGGCUUCAUUUUGUUCAUCACAGUUGCAAGGGAAGUGUUGCUUUAUGGAAAUUGAUGAUCAAGUUUUGGGUAAUGUGCUCAUACUAGGAAGGUACCAUGUUUUCUUUGUACAAAGAUGGUGUUCUUGAUGGGUUGAGGCUGAUUGAAAAUGUUAGAAAAAGCCUGCUCUUUGUUGACGUAGCUUAAGUAGUCUCAAGGAGUAAUCCUAGGCAAGCCUUUUGCUUGAAAUCUUGUAUCAAAAUAAUAAUGGGUUUCAUAUGAACGAAUGGAAAAUUCCUAUUUACAGAGUUUAUUAUUAAGGGGAUAAAAAUGGAAUUAACUUAAAAUUUUAUCCA